UACAGAAAUCCUUGAAAACACACAUUUGUGACGACAGGUUGAAUUUCCACUGCUUCGAUAAACAUUUUUUUUUUUAAAUGAACCCAUUGGUUGUCGAGAUCUCAGUUCGGCCUCUGAUUGGUUAGGACAGUACAGUAAUAUCUCGCAGGUUGGUUUCUAUUGGCUAAGCAGGUAUUAGAGCUCUGCAUUGAUUGGCUAGACUAGAAUUUUAGAGUCCGGCAAAAGUAGCAGUAGAACUGAACUGCAACUAAAGGAAGUAGCCUAGUUUGAAUAUUUUAAUGAUAUACCUGUACUUCAUAGUAUUGGAGUAUAGAAGAUACAAACCGUAAAAGUGAUGCCGGCCCAGCCCUCCCUCAGAGAACCACAGGAGGAGAUGGAGGUGGAGGGAGAGAGUGAACUACCAGAGGCCAAUGGAGAGAUGGAGGAAGAGAGGGAGAGAGAGAGAAGAGAGGGGGAGGAGGAAACCAUGGAGGAAAGUACGGAGGAGAGGGAGAGCGACUCGGACGAUAGCGAGGAGGAGGAAGAGGAGGAAGAGGAGAGUUCAGAGAUGGAUGAUGAAGACUGUGAGAGGAGGAGAGGAGAGUGCCUAGAUGAGAUGUCAGACCUAGAGAAACAGUUCCUGGAACUGAAAGACAAGUUGUUUCGUGAGCGGUUGAACCAGGUUAAGGUGAAGCUAGAUGAGGUGUUGACUGGUAAAGCAGGAGAAUACAGAGAACCGCUGGCAACACUACAACACAACAUGACGCUACGCACCCAGGUGGCAGGUGUGUACAGAGAACUGUGUCUGCAGGUGAUCCAACACAGGUACGAGUGUGAGCUGCAGGGAGCUCGACAACACCUGGAGAGCGAGAGGACAUUGUUGUUCGAUGCUAUGAAGACAGAACUACUGGACAAGAUCAGACGGCUGGAGGAGGAUAGUCAGAGUGUAGACCUCACGUCAGAGUGGUGGAGUGAUGAAGUGAAAGGGAAGAAGUGUAAAAGGAGGAGUCUGUCCCGACCAGAGAGGAAGAAGAAGGCUGCCCUAGUAUCUGGCCCGUUCAUCGUCUACAUGUUGAGAGACAUUGAUAUCCUGGAGGACUGGGCAGCUAUACAGAAGGCUAAAGCAGCACUAACACCACUAAAGAAGAAAUCAGACAAGCGGUGAUAACAGAGGAGUGUCUCAGAUGUCUAGAUGAACCAAAGUCUCUGAGUUGCAGAAGAGAACUCACAACAACAGAACAGUCCUGACCACAACAGAACAGUCCUGACCACAACAGAACAGUCCUGACCACAACAGAACAGUCCUGACCACUAUUUAAAAACAAAGCACUUCAGUAGGGUCUUGUUCAGUAGGGCAUACUGGAACAAAACAUUUUUCAACAGAAAAUGUAAAUCUGUCUUCUUAUUGGACAAGUUCAGGACAGUACCUCCCUGUUUCAAACUGUUUUGUCCCUACUGAACACAGCCCAGACUAUGACGACGAAGCAACAGAUUGAUCACUUUUAGGUUCUGAUUCAUCUAUCACACUAUGGCCCAGUUACCUUUAGGUUCUGAUUCAUCUAUCACACUAUGGCCCAGUUACCUUUAGGUUCUGAUUCAUCUAUCACACUAUGGCCCAGUUACCUUUAGGUUCUGAUUCAUCUAUCACACUAUGGCCCAGUUACCUUUAGGUUCUGAUUCAUCUAUCACACUAUGGCCCAGUUACCUUUAGGUUCUGAUUCAUCUAUCACUGGUGCUAAGCGAUUAACCAAAAUGUUGAAUAGGUUUUUAAACAAGUAAUUGACCAACGUUGGUUAAAUUGUUUGAAUUCCAUUUCGUUAUUUUUUUCCCCCCUGUGAGCUCAAUGUGCAGUUUCUCUAGAGAUAAAUCAGAUCAAGCCCGAACUGUGCAAUUUAGUAGGGAGUUGUCGUUUCUAACAGGCUUUGUGGUGAUGAACUACAAUGACCAUAAUCCAUUGCGCGCCUACUUGUCCGGGUCUGUGGAGCAGACACGGAGAGGGAGAGGAGGGAGAGAGAGCAGCUGCUUCGAGGUAUCUCUACCUGAAAAUACAUGAUCUAAGUGAUUGAUAGUUGGGAUUCAGCAGUCAUCAAAGUCUUAUUGACUUUAAAGGACUAAAAUAGUGAUUCUGUCAGACAGCAGCUCUAUAGAGAUGAGAUGACUUAGUGAUGUUGUCAGACAGCAGCUCUAUAGAGACGAGAUGACUUAGUGAUUCUGUCACACAGCAGCUCUAUAGAGACGAGAUGACUUAGUGAUGUUGUCAGACAGCAGCUCUAUAGAGACGAGAUGACUUAGUGAUUCUGUCAGACAGCAGCUCUAUAGAGAUGAGAUGACUUAGUGAUUCUGUCAGACAGCCGCUCUAUAGAGAUGAGAUGACUUAGUGAUGUUGUCAGACAGCAGCUCUAUAGAGACGAGAUGACUUAGUGAUGUUGUCAGACAGCAGCUCUAUAGAGACGAGAUGACUUAGUGAUUCUGUCAGACAGCAGCUCUAUAGAGACGAGAUGACUUAGUGAUUCUGUCAGACAGCAGCUCUAUAGAGACGAGAUGACUUAGUGAUGUUGUCAGACAGCAGCUCUAUAGAGAUGAGAUGACUUAGUGAUUCUGUCAGACAGCAGCUCUAUAGAGAUGAGAUGACUUAGUGAUUCUGUCAGACAGCAGCUCUAUAGAGAUGAGAUGACUUAGUGAUUCUGUCAGACAGCAGCUCUAUAGAGAUGAGAUGACUUAGUGAUUCUGUCAGACAGCAGCUCUAUAGAGAUGAGAUGACUUAGUGAUGUUGUCAGACAGCAGCUCUAUAGAGAUGAGAUGACUUAGUGAUUCUGUCAGACAGCAGCUCUAUAGAGAUGAGAUGACUUAGUGAUUCUGUCAGACAGCAGCUCUAUAGAGAUGAGAUGACUUAGUGAUUCUGUCAGACAGCAGCUCUAUAGAGAUGAGAUGACUUAGUGAUUCUGUCAGACAGCAGCUCUAUAGAGAUGAGAUGACUUAGUGAUUCUGUCAGACAGCAGCUCUAUAGAGACGAGAUGACUUAGUGAUGUUGUCAGACAGCAGCUCCAUAGAGAUGAGAUGACUUAGUGAUUCUGUCAGACAGCAGCUCUAUAGAGAUGAGAUGACUUAGUGAUGUUGUCAGACAGCAGCUCUAUAGAGAUGAGAUGACUUAGUGAUGUUGUCAGACAGCAGCUCUAUAGAGAUGAGAUGAUGACUUAGUGAUUCUGUCAGACAGCAGCUCUAUAGAGAUGAGAUGAUGACUUAGUGAUUCUGUCAGACAGCAGCUCUAUAGAGAUGAGAUGACUUAGUGAUUCUGUCAGACAGCAGCUCUAUAGAGACGAGAUGACUUAGUGAUGUUGUCAGACAGCAGCUCUAUAGAGACGAGAUGACUUAGUGAUGUUGUCAGACAGCAGCUCUAUAGAGACGAGAUGACUUAGUGAUUCUGUCAGACAGCAGCUCUAUAGAGACGAGAUGACUUAGUGAUUCUGUCAGACAGCAGCUCUAUAGAGACGAGAUGACUUAGUGAUGUUGUCAGACAGCAGCUCUAUAGAGACGAGAUGACUUAGUGAUUCUGUCAGACAGCAGCUCUAUAGAGAUGAGAUGACUUAGUGAUUCUGUCAGACAGCAGCUCUAUAGAGAUGAGAUGACUUAGUGAUUCUGUCAGACAGCAGCUCUAUAGAGAUGAGAUGACUUAGUGAUUCUGUCAGACAGCAGCUCUAUAGAGAUGAGAUGACUUAGUGAUGUUGUCAGACAGCAGCUCUAUAGAGAUGAGAUGACUUAGUGAUUCUGUCAGACAGCAGCUCUAUAGAGAUGAGAUGACUUAGUGAUUCUGUCAGACAGCAGCUCUAUAGAGAUGAGAUGACUUAGUGAUUCUGUCAGACAGCAGCUCUAUAGAGAUGAGAUGACUUAGUGAUUCUGUCAGACAGCAGCUCUAUAGAGAUGAGAUGACUUAGUGAUUCUGUCAGACAGCAGCUCUAUAGAGAUGAGAUGACUUAGUGAUUCUGUCAGACAGCCGCUCUAUAGAGAUGAGAUGAUGACUUAGUGAUUCUGUCAGACAGCAGCUCUAUAGAGACGAGAUGACUUAGUGAUUCUGUCAGACAGCAGCUCUAUAGAGAUGAGAUGACUUAGUGAUUCUGUCAGACAGCAGCUCUAUAGAGACGAGAUGACUUAGUGAUUCUGUCAGACAGCAGCUCUAUAGAGAUGAGAUGAUGACUUGGAAUUAAAUAAUAAAGUUAACACAUAAAACUAAUGUAAUAAUACACAAUAACUGAAAUAUUUGAUUAAAGUAAAGUAAUGUGAAUAAAUAAUGGUGAAUAAGUGAUCAGCAGUAAUGGGCGGUCACUACCAUCAUGGGACUUUUACAGAGCCUUGCGAAAGUGUUCAUCCCCCUAACGGUUUUCCUAUUUUGUUGCAUUCCAACCUGUAAUUUCAAUUGAUUUUAUUUGGAUUUCAUGUAAUGGACAAACACAAAAUUGUCCAAAUUGGUGAAGUGAAAUGGAAAAAAUAACUUAUUUAAAAAAAAAAAAAUCAAAAAAAUGGAAAAGUGUUGUGUGCAGAUGUAUUCACCCCAUUUGCUAUGAAGCCCCUAAAUAAGAUCUGGUGCAGCCAAUGACCUUCAGAAGUCACGUAAUUAGUUAAAUAAAGUCCACCAUUAAAUCCAUUAUUAAAAAAUGGAAAGAAUAUGGCACCACAACAAACCUGCCAAGAGAGGGCCGCCCACCAAAACUCACGGACCAGGCAAGGAGGGCAUUAAUCAGAGAGGCAACAAAGAGACCAAAGAUAACCCUGAAGGAGCUGCAAAGCAUGUGGGACACUCCCCAAACAUAUGGAAUAAGGUACUCUGGUCAGAAGAGAUUAAAUUGAGCUUUUAUGCCAUCAAGGAAAACGCUAUGUCUGGCGCAACCCAACACCUCAUAACCCCGAGAACACCAUCCCCACAGUGAAGCAUGGUGGUGGCAGCAUCAUGCUGUGGGGAUGUUUUUCAUCGGCAGGGGCUGGGAAACUGGUCAGAAUUGAAGGAUAUGAUGGAUGGCGCUAAAUACAGGGAAAUUCUUGAGGGAAACCUAUUUGUCUUCCAGAGAUUUGAGACUUUGACGGAGGUUCACCUUCCAGCAGGACAAUGACCCUAAGCAUACUGCUAAAGCAACACUCAAGUGGCUUAAGGGGAAACAUUUAAAUGUCUUGGAAUGGCCUAGUCAAAGCCCAAACCUCAAUCUAAUUGAGAAUCUGUGGUAUCACUUAAAGAUUGCUGUACACCAGCGGAACACGGAGGUGGAACAGUUUUACCUUGGAGAAUGGUCUCCCAGUGGCUAGACGUGCCAAGCUUAUACCCCUAGAGACUUGCAGCUGUAAUUGCUGCAAAAGGUGGCUCUACAAAGUAUUGACUUUGUGAGUUAUACAGGCUUAAGUUUUCAGUUUUUUUUGUCUUAUUUCUUGGCUGUUUCACAAUAAUAAAUAUUUUGCAUCUUCAAAGUGGUAGGCAUGUUGUGUAAAUCAAAUGAUUACAACCCCCCCCCCCAAAAAAAAUAAAUAAUAAUAAUAAUAAUUCCAGGUUGUAAGGCCAAAAAAUGCCAAGAGGGGUGAAUAUUUUCAGAAGCCACUGUAUUAGUUAUUGUAUUAUGUGUUGUUUCAACCCACAUAAUGCAUAGUUCAUUUAAUGUUUAAAAAAGUUAUUGAAACUGAAAUCGAAAACCGUGAUUAUUUUUAAUAAUCUAACCGAAACCGAACCGACCUCAAAAAAACACUAAUCGCUUUAAUGUCAACGUUUUAUUUUUUAUAAUAUAUGCCAUUUAGCAGACGCUUUUAUCCAAAGCGACUUACAGUCAUGUGUGCAUACAUUCUACGUAUGGGUGGUCCCGGGAAUCGAACCCACUACCCUGGCGUUACAAGCGCCAUGCUCUACCAACUGAGCUACAGAAGGACCACCACACCUCAAUGAUUUUUUUCGAAUCGAACCGAAACCAAGUUGGCCUAGAAAAGCACUAAUUUCUCAGUUACCCAGAUCAAUACACACUAUAGACCAGUUACCCAGAUCAAUACACACUAUAGACCAGUUACCCAGAUCAAUACACACUAUAGACCAGUUACCCAGAUCAAUACACACUAUAGACCAGUUACCCAGAUCACUACACACUAUAGACCAGUUACCCAGAUCUCACUACACACUAUAGACCAGUUACCCAGAUCAAUACACACUAUAGACCAGUUACCCAGAUCAAUACACACUAUAGACCAGUUACCCAGAUCAAUACACACUAUAGACCAGUUACCCAGAUCACUACACACUAUAGACCAGUUACCCAGAUCAAUACACACUAUAGACCAGUUACCCAGAUCAAUACACACUAUAGACCAGUUACCCAGAUCACUACACACUAUAGACCAGUUACCCAGAUCUCACUACACACUAUAGACCAGUUACCCAGAUCAAUACACACUAUAGACCAGUUACCCAGAUCUCACUACACACUAUAGACCAGUUACCCAGAUCAAUACACACUAUAGACCAGUUACCCAGAUCACUACACACUAUAGACCAGUUACCCAGAUCUCACUACACACUAUAGACCAGUUACCCAGAUCAAUACACACUAUAGACCAGUUACCCAGAUCUCACUACACACUAUAGACCAGUUACCCAGAUCAAUACACACUAUAGACCAGUUACCCAGAUCAAUACACACUAUAGACCAGUUACCCAGAUCAAUACACACUAUAGACCAGUUACCCAGAUCUCAAUACACACUAUAGACCAGUUACCCAGAUCUCAAUACACACUAUAGACCAGUUACCCAGAUCUCACUACACACUAUAGACCAGUUACCCAGAUCAAUACACACUAUAGACCAGUUACCCAGAUCAAUACACACUAUAGACCAGUUACCCAGAUCUCAAUACACACUAUAGACCAGUUACCCAGAUCUCAAUACACACUAUAGACCAGUUACCCAGAUCUCAAUACACACUAUAGACCAGUUACCCAGAUCAAUACACACUAUAGACCAGUUACCCAGAUCUCAAUACACACUAUAGACCAGUUACCCAGAUCAAUACACACUAUAGACCAUAUAGCCUUGGUUCUGUGUGUCUGAAUGUGUUUACUAACAACGUUAGUGGCUCAACUGGGACAAAUACAUGCUCCUUUUCUGUCCCCUUACUUGGACAUUUUUAAUUAUAAAUACAUAUCAACAAGUGACACAAUUGAGAGUUGUUACUUUCCUUAUGACGGUGAUAUGUCACCUUAAGUAGCUUUAUAAGAUCCUUAUAACAGGUCUAUGUCUGCCUGGAUACCAAAAAAAAAACGCCUUGCUACUUUUCUAAUGUGCACUUCUGAAAAGAAAAUACCCCAAUUUCUCUCUCUGGUAAAAAAAAAAUAUAUGUUUUUUUUUGUUACAAAAAAGAAAAGAAAUAACGAAAUCUAACCACAAAAAUACGUGAUUUCCUUUAGUUUUUUUUCCCAGGAAGAAUGUGGAGAAAAAGGUCCCAGAAUCAACAUGUUGAGGUUUCUUACAUCUAAACUAAAGUCCUAAAAGGUAUCGAUGGGAAAACCCUGAAAUACAAACUACUGUACUUUAACCUGCAAUAUUACUACUGUAACUUAAUACUGUUUCUAUGACUACCACAGGCUUUAAUCGAAGAUGAUUUCACUCCUAUAACGACCAUGUAUUUAUAGAGAUUCAAUAAGAUGAAGGGUUUAAAUUCUAUCUUUUAUGAGA